AUGAUACCACGCGUAAGAGUGGAUCCCCCUGCAAAGGUGGUGGUGAGAGAAUUGCCGAGAGCAGGAGAUCGUGCAUCUCAUCAGACACACAUUGUGUCAUCGUCUGAUAAAUGGGAGCCACUCCGCAUCAACGUGUCAUCACUGGACCUGGACGAGAAGAAGUACUGCAGGGGGCAUCUCGAUGAACGUAAGAGUUAUAGGAUGGGUUCUACGCUUUCUUGCCCUGAGGAUGACGUUUUGAGUGGGGAUAAGAAGAAUACACUUCUCAAUAAGAUUCUUCCUGCAGCAAUCAAUUUACACAGCGAUAUUCUUCUCGUUAAGCAGUUGGAAACUCCCUUCAAGGUGCCGAGAUUCAACACAACUCUUUGCUCUCACUUCACAGUUCCACCUACUCACACCAGUGAGGGUGUUAAAGACACAUAUAUAAUGCUGUACAUUGCCACUGGACCCUCAAAUACGCCUUUUAUUGAUAACUACAACACAAGUGGAAAUGAAUGUCUCGGUUGUGGUGAGAGGAAAAACAUUCCUACUGAAAAGAGUAUUAAUAGGAGGCGUAUACAACUCCAUGUGCAUGGGAUUACUGCUAUUCUACAGGGGGAAAAAAACAACAAAAACAACUACAGGGAGUGA